AAAUUAUAACAAAAAUAAAGAUGGAGCCAACCUAAAUAUAGGCGCCUAUAUAAACAAGCACUAAACACCUGCUACUAACAGACAAAAACAUUUCCACACAAUGGCAUCUUUAGCGACCACUUUAGCCCUAAUACUAUUCUUGAUCUUCCACCUCACACCAGAAACAACUGUAGCUCGCCCUCUCAACGAUGCCGAUGCGAAGCCGGUUGAUAGAGUCGUAACCACCACCACCAACGAAGCCAACAACCUAGCCUUUGUAUCUGAUCCGUUCUCCAGUUUGCAGUCAUCACCUCCAACAUCACCUAUUCCCGGUUCUCCUGGCUUUAGACUUCCGUUUCCAUUCCCGUCAUCACCUGGAGGUAAUCCCGGUAUUCCCGGUAUUCCUGGUAUUCCUGGUCUUCCCGGUAUUCCUGGUUCCCCUGGCUUUAGGCUUCCGUUUCCAUUCCCGUCAUCACCUGGAGGAGGAAGUAUUCCCGGUAUUCCCGGUUCGCCUGGUUUUAGACUUCCGUUUCCAUUCCCUCCAUCAGGAGGAGGUAUUCCCGGUCUUCCAUUACCGUUCCCGCCAUUACCUCCAGUAACUAUUCCCGGUCUUCCAUUACCGUUCCCGCCAUUACCUCCGGUAACUAUUCCCAGUUUCCCUGGAUUUAGGUUUCCUCCGUUACCAUUCCUCCCACCGUCGACUCAGUGAACGUAUCCCGUUGGAUAUUGAAUAAUUAAGCUCAUGCUAGUGUAUCGAUAAUGAUCAUGUGUACUCUUAUGAUAUUUAUAAAAUGAGUAUUCUGUGUCGUGUAAUGUAACUUACAUUAUGUAAGUGUAUGUUUAUCUAUUAAAUAAAGACUUUGAUUUGAGUUCAGUCC